UUAAAAGGGGCACACCCGUACCGAGCUUUCCUCCGUAAUGAGACGAGACACCUGGGGAGAAAUAGACAAAACCAUCGAACAGUGAACAUCUAUCCGAUCAGUUUACCCCUAAGUUUACGUGACACAUACUGUGCGUAUUUCUGGUGCGCUCUUCAGUUCAGUGACAGUGCUUCAGCGGACCGGACUGCCGAAGCGUAAGUUAAAGUUGAUUAGUAAACAAACUCCUUCGGUCAUUUACGAGUCAAAAAUAUAUAAAAUCUUAUAUAUUGAUAUAAUUAAUUUUGUAACCAUAGAAUCUUAAUCUUGUUAAAAGCAUCCCGCUAGUCAAAGGAUUCAGUUACUGUGUACUUAAUGUGUCAUACCUUAACGUCAAAAUAAAGAAGUUAGUGAAGUUUCUGAGGUUAAGUUAAUUGAAAAAUUGAGUUAAUUGAAAAAUGAAACCAAGAAGAAAGAAACCGUUUAGCGGUAAAGCAAAGAAACAGCAAUUGCAAACUAAGAAGCAACGGCAAAAUUUGGCUUUACUUACAGGUGAAAGUCACAGCGGAUACAAGGAAGAUGACAUAAAUUACUCUAGUGAUCUUGAAUAUAAUGCUAUACAAAAAAUUAAUAAACAGCCAAAAAAUGAUAAUUCUCUUAGAAACAGAUAUACUUUACAAUUCUUUCAAGACAGUGAAGAAGAAAUACUGAAACGAAAGAAACAAUCCAGAAGUGCUAUUGUACCUUUAUCUCUUAAAGAUCAAGAAGUUUCAAAUAAUUAUUUUCCACCUGGAAUUGAUAUGCCAAAAAGGCCACCAUGGGACUUUAAUAUGUCAAAAAAACAAUUAGAAUUGGCAGAACAUAAGUAUUUUACUGAAUAUCUAAAAAACAUGGAAAAGUUAAAUACCAUCAGUUACUUUGAAUUAAAUUUAGAAACUUGGAGGCAGUUAUGGAGAGUUCUUGAGAUGUCUGAUAUUUUAUUAAUCAUUGUUGAUAUUAGAUAUACCGUUUUAAUGUUUCCUCCAUAUUUAUACGAGUAUAUAACGAAUGAACUUAAAAAAGACAUGAUUUUAGUAUUGAAUAAGGUUGAUUUAGCACCUCCAGCUUUAGUAAUAGCAUGGAAAGAAUAUUUUCGUACCAUAUACCCAAAGUUACAUAUUUUGAUGUUCACUUCGUAUCCCACUUAUAAUUUAUGUGGAAAUAAAAGGGAUACAAAGGGAAUGAAACACAGGCGGAGAAAGGGAAAACUUAAAAUGGCUGCAGAAGGAGCCCAGAAAUUGUUGGAUAUUUGUAAAGAAAUUGUUGGAGAUAACGUGGAUUUAACUUCUUGGCAAGAAAAGAUUCAAGAAGAAAUGCAAAUGGAAUUUGAUUUAGAUGACGCCGAUCAUAAAAGCAAUAUUACUAUAGAAAAAGGAGAUACAAGUUAUAUCAAGCAUGAACGUUAUAAAAAUGGAGUUUUAUCCAUAGGAUGUAUCGGAACUCCAAAUGUUGGAAAAUCGUCCUUAAUGAAUGCAUUAAUGGGCAAAAAAGUUGUUAGCGUGUCACGUACACCAGGACAUACUAAACAUUUUCAAACUAUAUUUCUUACAAAAACCGUUUGCCUCUGUGACUGUCCAGGAUUAGUAUUUCCAUCUACAGUACCUAAACAACUACAAAUAUUAAUGGGAUCUUUCCCAAUAGCUCAAGUCAGCGAACCAUAUACAACAAUUAAAUUUCUAGCUGAGAGAAUAGAUUUACCAAAGAUACUUAAGUUGCAACAUCAAGAUAACGAUGAUACAUGGAGCGCUAUGGAUAUUUGUGAUAGUUGGGCUUCUAAACGAAAUUUUUUCACUGCACGAACUGCUAGAUACGAUUCUUACAGGGCAGCUAAUUCGUUAUUAAGGAUGGCCCUUGAAGGGAAAAUUUGUAUAUACGUAUAUCCCCAAGACUGGAGUCUUAAUAAAGGAAAGUUGGAGAAUCAUCCAGAAAUUGAACUAGUUAAAUGGAUUCAAGCUAAAAAUAAAGGCGAAGAUGUAAGUGAUAUGAGAGGAAUAUACAUUUCGUCCGAAGAUGAAAAUGACGAACAGAAACUCUCAGGAAAUCAAGAACAUGAAGAGAAAACAUCGCAAGAAACAUCCGAUACUUCUGACCAUUCUAAUGAGACAACAAGCGAAGACUCAGAAAUAUCGCCCGUAGUUAACAAAUUUGAAGCACUGUGUACAGAUAUAUCAGAAAUAAAUCCUUAGUUAGUCAGUGUUUAA